GCACCCGGCGCCGAGAGCGCUGCGUAGAGCAGCGCCCACUGAAGUCGGAGCGGAGGAUCGCGCCGUCCCAGCCCGGCCGCCAGCGUCCAGGCCGCUCCCUCACCCUUACCACUGCCCGCCCUUGCCAGGCGCGACCGGCGGCCAUGCAGCCCCAGGGCUGAGGCGGCCCCAUGCGAAGCCCGCGUCCCCGCGGUCCGGGCAACGACGGCGCAUGGAGAACUUCCGUAAGGUGCGCUCCGAGGAGGCGCCGGUGGGGGGUGGGGCCGAGGGGGGCGGCCCGGGCUCCAGCCCCUUCGCGGACCUUGCGCCGGGCGCUGUGCACAUGCGGGUCAAAGAGGGCAGCAAGAUCCGGAACCUGCUGGCUUUCGCCACCGCCAGCAUGGCGCAGCCAGCCACGCGCGCCAUCGUCUUCAGCGGCUGCGGUCGGGCCACCACCAAGACCGUCACGUGCGCGGAGAUCCUCAAGCGCCGCCUGGCGGGCCUGCAUCAGGUCACGCGGCUGCGCUACCGGAGCGUGCGCGAGGUGUGGCAGAGCCUCCCGCCGGGGCCCACACCGGGUCAGAAGCCUGGCGAGCCGGCCGCCAGUCUCAGUGUACUUAAGAACGUGCCCAGCCUCGCCAUCCUACUUUCCAAGGAUGCACUGGAUCCGUGCCAACCCGGUUACCAGCCCCCGAACUCCCAUUCUGGACCCUCGUCCCAGCCAACUGCACCGACGUCCAAGAGGAGCCUAGGGGAACCGGCGGCUGGAGAAGGCUCUGCGAAGCGGUUACAGCCUGAGCCAAGAGCUGCGGAAGAGGAGCGGAUGGCCUGAGAGCUCGUGGGUCUGGGCCACGUAGACGCUCUGGAUCUCACCCCCAGCGCCUCGACCUUGAGACACAUCUCCAGCCUUUCACGCCUCGGUCCUCUGGACAUAGCUCCUCAGACGGCCGGCAUGGACCCCAGGGCAACAAGAGAACGACCCCAGGGAAGCUUCAUUCCACCACUUGUGUUGCCUGAAGACGCAGAACUCCACCUUCAGCUUUUCUGAGCCAUACUGGAACCUUCUUCAGGGAGGGAGUGGUUGGCAGUAGGACUCUUGAGCCUUGCUCAGGACCCCCAAGGGUUAAAGGCAUCCAGUAUUCAUGAGGGGAGCCCCCCCACCCCACCCCCGAGUGUGUAACCUGAGGAGAGCUCCUGGAAUCACCUCCACCAUUGGCGGCUGAGGGCAAGGGGUGAGAAACAGACUGCUUGAAGGCAAGGGAGUCUGAGUUGGGCGGGGGGAGGUUCUAUUCUGCCCCUCACCCCGGGAGACCACUUCCUUUCUAGUUUUCCUUACCCUGCUGUUAAAGAGCAUCCUGAGAUCGUGGUGCAGGGACAAUCCCCUUCCCCACGGACCCAGAAGGAGAGACCCAGGACAGAACUCUCUUUGGAGUCCUGCUUCCAAUAAAACACACAAAAAUGGCUCUGGCCCUGGGUUUCUUCCUUAGCACUUAACCUACGUGG